AUGGAGGAGGAAAAAGCACCUACACGAUUCACUCUUUGCAACGAUCAGCAAUGCUGUAAACGUUUCAAUUACCUUGACUUUGCCACAGUCCAUACCUUCAUUGACGGUCCUGAUCCGCGCGACCAUUUCGCUAAUGAACGCAACACACUCAUCUGGCUUCGUACUGGGAUGAUACUUGCAUUGAUUGGAUUCAUGACAAUGCUUGAUUUACGCACCAAAGUAUUUGCACCCUCACAAUCGUUACCAUGGACCGAACGAGUGGAUUCGAUGGAAGUACGAGCCAUAUCAUAUGCUUUUAUUGCCUUGGGGAUUAUCACUAUAUGCGUCGGCGUGCGCAUUUAUAUGCGUAAUCUCAAUCAGAUUGUCAACCGGUAUUUGACAGUGGGUCAUGGCUGGAUUGGAUAUACCACAGCAACCGUCAUCAUGCUUUUUGCCAUUGUUGUCAUGUCUCUUGCUCUUUCAUUGCCAAAAGUAUCCUCUUUCUCCACUGCAUCCAAUAAUUAG